AUCCAUGGAGCAGGUACCAUGAGGCUGCACAGCAGGAUCCUGCCCCUCUUCCUCCCCAUCCUCAAGCCCCUAGCACGUCAUAGGCCGCUCUGCUGCCUCCCAGCCAAUGGCAGGCCAACCACAGCCUACAUACUCAUCCCCUCCUCCUCCCCCCGUCACCUGACCACCGACGUCCCCUCCUCCCAGCCCCUGGUUGGCCAAGACACAACGGUUGAAGUUCUGGGCCACUCCUACCCUCGUGAUGACUUCACCAACGUGACCGCCAAGAUCCUGGCCAAGGUGGGCUGCAACCUGCACAACCAAGCCCACCAUCCUCUCUGGCUCAUCAAAGAGCGAAUCAAAGCCCACUUCUACCGCGCCUACAUCAUGCGCUCUGGCAACCCACUCUUCUCGGUCCACGACAACCUCAGUCCGGUGGUGACCACGGAGCAGAACUUUGACAGCCUGCUCAUCCCACCCGACCACCCCAGCCGGAAGCGAGGGGACAACUACUACCUCAACCGUGGCACCAUGCUGCGCGCACACACCUCCGCCCACCAGAGGGAGCUGGUGCGCUCGGGGCUGGACGCCUUCCUGCUGGCGGGCGACGUGUACCGAAGGGACGAGAUCGACGCCAGCCACUACCCCGUGUUCCAUCAGAUGGAGGGUGUGCGCCUCUUCUCCAACCAUGAGGUCAGUAGAGCAGAGCAACUGCUUGGUUCGGGGUUUGGCACGGUAGUGUGAAAAUGGUUGUGGAGUUAAAGUACUGAUACAUUCAAACUAGACACAACACUGCCAUGAGAAGCUCCAGUUGUAUUGAUUAGCUUCUCCUCCUAACCACAAGGUCUUCUGGGUAGUGUCACAACAAGGUCUAAGAAUAGGACUCACAAUGUAGGAUGAAUACAGUAGGCCAUUGUUACACAGCGUGAAGAGCUACAGUUUUAUCCAUUUAAAUAUGCUGUGCUGAGUGCUGUAAAUACUUUGAUAAGUACUCUUAGAUACACAUACGUUAACUCAUUCUACAUUAAGUCCAAUCAUCUCACACACUAAUGGCAAUGUUAACAGCAUUAGCAGAAGUGUUGUUUUGAAGAGUUGUCUCUGAAGUGUGUGUUUUUGUGUGUUUUUUUUUUUACCCCCAAGUUGUUUGCCAAGGUGUCGAGUGGAGAGGACCUGUCUCUCUUUGAGAGCGGGGGGCACCGGACCCCUCAGAAGCAGGAGACACACACUCUGGAGGCGGUGAAGCUUGUGGAGUUUGAUCUGAAACAGACCCUUGACCAUAUGGUCAGACACCUGUUUGGAGAAGGUAAACAACAUUCCAAGUUCAAGUUUGUAUUAUAGGGACAUCCUACCUUCCCAUGGGUCUUGAGAAGGAGAGAGGAAAUGCAAUACAAAUUCUCCCUUAGUCCUUUAAGGCCAGUGGUCUCUAGAAGGAAAGGGAGGUUUUUUGAUACUUUUGGGAUCGGUCCCUCGCCCUUUGUCUCAACCCGUCCUUUCCUCUCCUCCAUCUACCUUCAUCUUCUCCUCUUUUUUCUGUGCCAGAGCUGGAGAUCCGCUGGGUGGAGUGUUACUUCCCCUUCACCCAUCCCUCCUUCGAGAUGGAGGUGCGUUUCCAGGACGACUGGCUGGAGGUGUUGGGCUGUGGAGUGAUGGAGCAGGAGCUGGUGCACUCUGGUAAGCACAGCUGUUGAGACACACACACAUGCAAACACUCACACACAAACGCAUGAACACAGACACACACUCAUUCACUCUUCCAAACACACAUGCAGUUACUAUAUGCAUGAACACAAACAUGCUUUCACAAGAAAUUGCACUUUCAUAGACAUACAUUCUUGGGCAAACUCAUACUGUUGGUCUUGCAUACACUUACUCUGUCUCACACAUACAAAUAUGUAAAAAUAAAAAUAAAAAUACCCUCACUUGCGCACACACACAUACACUCCCUGCCAUAUGUAUUUGGGAAGUGAUGCUAACAUUUUCAAUUUGGCUCUAUACUCCAGAAUUUUGGAUUUGACAUCAAAUGUUUCAUAUGAGACGACAGUACAGAAUUUCUCCUUUAAUUUGAGGGGAUUUUCAUACACAUCUGUUGACCGUUUAGAAAAUAGUAUUUUGGACAAAUUCACUUAUAGGGUAUUAAAGUACAAAAAAGUAUAUAUACGCUACCUAGCUUUUGCAACUUUUUCAAUCAUCAUUAUUCAUGAUUAAUUCAUUAUUUGUCUUAAUCAAUGCAUUAUCAGGAUUAAUUUAGAAGUGUUCACAAACAUCUUAUCUACACACUUAGAAAGAAAAUUAAUCCAGUCAUCAUUCACCAUUCAGUUCCUAUUGGGCAAAACAUAACACAAAACACAACCAAAACAAAUUACAAAUGCAUCCAACAAGUUUUUAGUCACAAGCUUGAUGUUGUCAUUGUGUGCUAGGAAUAUGGGACCAAAUACUAAACCUUUGACUACUUUGAAACCCUAUAAGUAAAAUUUGUCCAUAUACUUAUGACAUCUUCAAAUGAGGGGACUAGAUAUAUAUAGUGCUUUAAUUUAUGAACGGUAAAACAAAUAUGUAUGAAAAUGCCCUCAAAUAAAAGGUGAUUCUGUACUGUCACCUCAUAUGAAACAUUUGAUCUCAAAUAAAAAAGAGAGUAUAGAGCCAAAUGUAAAAUUUUAGCUUCGCUGUCUUAACUACAUACGGACACCCACAUAGGCAAACACAAACAAAAAAACAGACUGUACUCCACAGAAUUGUAUACUUAAGAGAUAGCUCUCGCUGUAUUGCCCUUGAACAAAGAUGUGUGCUGACGCGUCUCAAUAAACAUCCCACUUAUCUAGAAAUCAAUAAUACAUUAAAUGGACGCCAAAACAACAUGUCUCCCGUUUAGCUCCAGUGUUUGCUCUCUCCCCCCACCGAGGGCCCUUUGCUGUUGUGGCUAAGAUCGUUGGGGUCAAACCUUUCUCCUCCGUCCUUGGUCCUCCUGCAGUGCAGUCACACUUCCUGCCUCCACCAGCAGGUGGCAGUGUUGUGCAACAGGGGGCAGAGCCAGAGGUGAGCCUGGGAGUGGUGGGAGUGUCCCAUUUGGGGAGUGUGCGGCAAGAAGACACUCUCUUGUGCCCCAGGGAAGGGGAGCUGGUUCAGCGGCCCAGACAAAGGCUUGUUCCAGGGGAGAGGACCUGGAAUGACCCCCUCACGCUGCAGCAGUAG